GAAUUAUCACUGCUGAAUAACCUUGACCCAAGUCACAUCCUUCGCAGCGAAACAUGGCUAACAUGCAGGAGAGUUUCGUUGUUUGUCUGAAGUUCAGUCCUUUCGGCGUGACCAGGAUGGCUGCCGUGCCGCAAUUUGUAGCAUCAGAAUCGUCGUAGCACAGUGGUGACCUAUAUAUUGACCCGGGGACCUGCAUUGAGCUACACAACACACGGCCACAUCAGCCAUCUCUUUAUCAUCCUUUCUUCUACAUAGGCUCUGGUAGCCAUAUUUACGCUCAAUAGACACUUGCUUGUCCUCGCUGUAAUCUAAUACUCGGUUGUACUUUGCAAGAUGCUCUACUCCAGCCUUCUCGCUUCAUGCGUACUGCCGCUCGUCAUCGCAGCACCUUUCCGGACCCGUCAAAACAGCACAACGAACGGAACCGAAGCGUGCGACCUCAGCACCGUCGCCCAACCUGCCAACUCUCUCACGCCGCCUUCGCCAGAUCUGCGCCUGAUUCUCAUUGCCCAUGGACAAGGCACGCAAAAUUACACAUGUGCAACACCAGCUUCGACACCAUCAUCGAUUGGCGCCAUAGCUGAGCUGUUUGACGCCUCUUGUGAGGUCGCCAACCCCAGUAUAGCGCAGAACAAUCUGGUCCAAGCAGCAGCCAUUGGCAACCACUUCUUCGCUGACUUGACGACACCCGAUUUCGAGAUCCCAAGCCUAGGAAAUACGAAGUCAAAGAAGCUGGAGGAGGUUGCUGCCCCAAACCCGAGUGUUGAUAUCAAAUGGCUUAGGCUGCAGGCGCAGGCAUCAAGCUCCACGAGUCAAGUCAAGUAUAUCUACAGGCUGAAUACUGCCGGUGGGCUUGCGCCAACUAGCUGUGAGGGGAGAUCAGAAGGAGAGGUAGUCACUGUGCAGUACCAGGCACAGUACUGGAUUUACGCUUGAGCUGCUCAACAGAUUGUCCAUCAUGAAUAAGACAUAUGGUUCUACGGGAUUGUGCAAUAUUUUGUAUGUAGGUUUUUGGUAUUAUGGUAUUAGCGAUGAAGAUGAAUUCAUCCCAUUCAUG